GUCGUUGACUUGUCAAGAAGAAACAAAUCAACUCUAAAAAAGAAAAUGUUGUUCAUCGAAAUCAAAGCUUGACAGUAUUUAAAAUCAGAUUUGAGAUGAGCGGCGACGGAGAUAAACCGGCUCCGGCGAAGCUAGGCGACGAGCAACUAGCGGAGCUACGGGAGAUAUUCCGAUCAUUUGACCAGAACAAGGAUGGGAGUUUGACGGAGCUCGAGUUAGGCUCACUUCUAAGAUCUCUAGGUUUAAAGCCGAGUCAAGACCAACUCGAUACCUUGAUCCAGAAAGCAGAUCGGAAUAGCAACGGAUUGGUCGAGUUUUCCGAGUUCGUCGCUCUCGUCGAGCCAGAUCUGGUCAAGUGUCCUUACACGGAUGAUCAACUUAAAGCGAUCUUUAAAAUGUUUGACCGAGACGGAAACGGUUACAUAACGGCGGCGGAGUUAGCGCAUUCGAUGGCGAAGCUAGGUCACGCGUUGACUGCGGAGGAGUUAACGGGGAUGAUCAAAGAAGCUGAUCGAGACGGCGACGGUUGUAUUGAUUUCCAAGAGUUUGUUCAGGCGAUUACUUCAGCUGCAUUUGAUAAUGCUUGGGGUUGAAGAAAGAAGCUUAUGUUGCUGUAAUGGCUUCAUUCUAACCUUGUCAGCUAUGUACAAAACUCUGGUUACUUUCUUCAGCGAGUUUGAUUUGUGCAGCAUAACCGGGGUUGUUGCUCAUUUGAUCUUCAAUGAUCUCUAGCUCAUCCAAAACUCAGAAGACAGUUAAGGGUCUUUAAGAAGCAAAUCACAUAAAACUGAGAAGAAGUAUGGAUGAAUUUAUAAGGCGGAGAGCCUGAUUGCUCCCUCCAGCCGCUUCUUUCGGUUUGGCAAAGGAAUGAAUACAAUUUGUUUUA